GUCCCGGGUCGCCGGCCCUCGGUCCCCUUCCUUUGCAUUCUUUGCAUCCUGUCCUGUGCGGACCACAGUGGACAUGCAGGCGCCGAGGCCCCCUUUGUUGGAAGUGAAGAGGAACUUUGAGCUGAAGACAACCCUGGUCAAGGCCUCCUCCCGACUGCCCCUGCUUCCUGGAAGCAGGCUCAAGAGGGGCCCAGACCAGAUGGAGGAUACCUUAGAGCCUGCAAAGAAACGGACACGAGGCCUGGGUGCAGUGACCAAAAUUGACACAUCUCGCCCCAGAGGACCACUCGUCAGCACAGUGUCACAGACACAGGGCCCGACUGCAGCUCAGAAAGGCGCUAAGAAGACAGGAGGACCUCGUGGUUGCACUGGCCUUGGUUCAGUGCUGAAGAACCAGAAGCCAGUUCCUGCUGCUCCGACCCAGAAGCCUGUCACAUCGACUGCUCCUGUGGUGGCAGGGAAGAGGCCUGGUAAACGCCCUGCCUGGGACUUAAAGGGUCAGGUGUGUGACCUCACUGAAGAUCUGAAACGUUAUCGGGAGAAGACUCAGAGGCUGGACCAGGAGAACCGAGGGCUGCAGGAGCAACUUAAAAAAGCCCAGGAGCAGGCUGAGGCCCUGGGGACAGAGCGCAACGCCCUGGAAGGGGAGCUGGCCAGUGUGCGCACCCAGGCAGAGGAGGGCCAACAGAAACUGGAGACUCUGUGUGCCCGUGUCUUGGAGCUGGAGAAAUGUCUGGGUGCCAAGGAAGGCCUGAUUCAGGAGCUCCAGAAAGAACAGCUGGGAUUGCAGGAGGACAAAAAGGCACUGGCCACCCGACUGGAGGAGCAGGAGAGGAGGUUACAGGCCUCAGAAGCAGCUCUAUCAAGCAGUGAAGCAGAGGUGGUAUGUCUGCGGCAGAAGACUACAGCCCAGGUGACCUUACUGGCUGAGCAAGGAGACCGGCUCCAUGGGCUAGAGAUGGAGCGCCGUCGACUCCACAACCAAUUGCAGGAACUUAAGGGCAAUAUUCGGGUAUUCUGCCGGGUGCGCCCUGUCCUUGCAGGGGAACCUGCUCCAUCCCCUGGCUUCCUCCUAUUUCCCCAUGGCCCUGCUGGACCCUCUGAUCUCCCAACUCGCCUUAGCCUCUCACGGUCUGAUGAUCGGCGUUCCACCUUGACCGGGGCACCUGCACCCACUACCCGCCAUGAUUUCUCCUUUGAUCGGGUGUUCCCACCAGGAAGCAAACAGGAGGAAGUGUUUGAGGAGAUCUCCAUGCUUGUCCAGUCAGCACUGGAUGGCUACCCUGUGUGUAUCUUUGCCUAUGGACAGACAGGCAGUGGCAAGACCUUCACUAUGGAGGGUGGGCCUGGGGGAGACCCCCAAUUAGAGGGGCUGAUCCCUCGGGCCAUGCGGCAUUUAUUCUCCGUGGCCCAGGAGAUGAGUGGCCAGGGCUGGACAUACAGUUUUGUGGCAAGUUACGUAGAGAUCUACAAUGAGACCGUCCGAGACCUACUAGCUACUGGGACCCGGAAGGGUCAAGGGGGCGAGUGUGAGAUUCGUCGGGCAGGACCAGGCAGUGAGGAGCUUACUGUCACCAAUGCACGUUAUGUUCCUGUUUCCUGUGAGAGAGAGGUGGAGACUCUGCUCCAUUUGGCCCACCAGAACAGGGCUGUGGCCCGAACUGCCCAGAAUGAGAGAUCAUCACGCAGUCACAGUGUGUUCCAGCUACAGAUUUCUGGAGAGCAUGCUGCUCGGGGCCUGCAGUGUGUGGCUCCCCUUAACCUUGUGGACCUGGCUGGGAGUGAGCGCCUAGACCCUGGUUUAACUUUAGGCCCCGGGGAACGUGAUCGUCUUCGGGAAACACAGUCCAUUAACAGCAGUCUGUCUACACUGGGACUGGUCAUAAUGGCCCUGAGCAAUAAGGCUCAUGUUUGUGAAUAUUUCCCCUCUGGAAGAGAAUGUCUCCGAGUCUCUCAAUUCACUACGUUUUGCUUCCAAGGUGAACCAGUGUGUUAUCGGUACUGCUCAGGCUAAUAAGAAAUGAAGAUGGAGCCAGAAGCCUGGUUCCUGUACACCCGAGUGUGCCUGCGUCUCUGUGUGUUUUGGUGUUUGUGUACUGGGUGGGGGUGGGAGUUGAGAGAUACUUUUAUUGGGUGGACAUCAUUUGUACCCAACUAUCAAAUAAAGAAAUUUUGUUGUAGAUUUAAAACA